AAUUUGGACCUCGCAGGGACCACUUUGUGCACGUGACGAUCAGCUGCUCUACCCGGAAGCUUUGAGGAAGCAGAAAACCAAAACAACACAUUCUUAAACACAAAACUUGACUAGUUAGGUUAUCUAAGAUAGGUAACAAUGGAGUCGACCCUCGAGCAGCAUCUUGAUGAUACGAUGAAAAACCCAGCAGUAGUCGGUGUGCUCUGCACGGAUCAACAGGGACACAACCUGGGCUGCCGCGGCUCCCUGUCUGAUGAACAUGGCGGUGUGGUGUCAGUUUUGGCCAAACAAGCUGCAGCUCUCUCCAAAGACCCAACAGACAGCCCAACUGUGUGCCUGGAGUCUGAGUCAGGAAACAUUCUGGUGAGGAGUCAUGGGACCAUCACAGUAGCUGUUCACAAGAUUGCAUCUUGAAGACGACACGACUCAGUGAAGAGUUUUUGUAAAGAAAUGUACAGAACUGUGGGAGAGACCUUAAGUCUGCAAGAGAAAUAUUGAGUUUCUUUGUUCUGUUUCGUGCACACUCAGAUCCUAGAUUUAAGAAAUACUGUGUAUCUGUUUAUCUAUUAAACCUUGUAUCAUGAUAUUUACUGCCAUGUCAUGCUGUGACUGAUUUUGUUAACAAUUAUAAUAAUUGAUCCAAGGCAUGCUCAAAAAAACAACCCUUAAUAAACUUUAACUUGACACUG